CUCGUCUGCGACUCCACCCCUCCGACAGACGAAGGCAUGGCGAGCACCGAGGCCAGAAGGGAGUGUGAGACAGAGGGCUGCAACAAGGACGCCAAACUUCAAUGUCCCACAUGUAUCAAGCUUGGUAUUCAAGGCUCCUAUUUCUGUUCACAGGAAUGUUUCAAAGGGAGCUGGGUGUCUCACAAAUUGCUGCACAAAAAAGCAAAGGAAGACCAGCACCAGAACGAAGCUAAGAACUGUGUGGAGAAGAACAUCAACACAGACCCAUGGCCAGGCUAUCGCUAUACAGGAAAGCUCCGCCCCCACUAUCCACUGACCCCACUGAGGCCUGUACCAGGAGACAUCCAAAGACCUGACUAUGCAGAUCAUCCCAGAGGGAUGUCUGAGUCCGAGCAGUUCUUGAAGGGGACAUCACAGAUCAAGAUCCUCUCUCCUGAAGACAUUGAAGGCAUGAGAGUGGUGUGCAAGCUGGCACGAGAAGUUCUGGACAUUGCAGCUGUUAUGGUUAAACCGGGUGUUACAACAGAAGAAAUCGACCAUGCUGUGCAUCUGGCCUGCACAGCGAGGAACUGCUACCCCUCCCCUCUCAACUACUACAAUUUCCCCAAAUCCUGCUGCACGUCUGUCAACGAAGUCAUCUGCCACGGCAUCCCGGACAGAAGACCGCUGCAAGAAGGAGACAUCCUCAACGUGGAUAUCACCGUCUACCACAAUGGUUUCCAUGGUGACCUCAACGAAACCUUCUUUGUCGGCGAGGUGGAUGAUGGAGCAAAGAAGCUGGUUCAGACUACGUAUGAAUGCCUUAUGCAAGCCAUCGACUCUGUGAAGCCUGGCGUUCGCUACAGAGAGUUGGGUAACAUCAUCCAGAAGCAUGCUCAGGCCAACGGCUUCUCUGUGGUGCGAAGCUAUUGUGGCCACGGCAUCCACAGACUUUUCCACACUGCUCCUAAUGUGCCACACUAUGCCAAAAACAAAGCAGUUGGAGUCAUGAAGCCUGGCCAUGUGUUCACCAUCGAACCCAUGAUAUGUGAAGGUGGCUGGCAAGAUGAGACGUGGCCUGACGGCUGGACGGCGGUGACCAGAGACGGGAAGCGUUCAGCUCAGUUCGAACACACCCUGCUGGUGACGGAGACCGGCUGCGAGAUCCUCACCUGCCGUCCGGAGGACAACGGACGUGCUCACUUCCUGAGCCAAAUAUGUUGGAGAAAAGGAAAACCAUCAGUGAUAAGGUUGUUCCCCCAGCUGAGUUGAUCAUAACAUGUCUCCGUCUAAUUCACCUGUUGAGGUGUUCAGUACAGACACUGUAACACUUGUCACAUCUCGACUCUGGUUAUUAUUAGUGCACAGCUGGUGGCAGAGAGCGGCAACGGUUGCUAAGAGAAUGGAUAGCGUUGCAGCGUCUGCAUGAAUAACCAUAAAGUGCUGCUGCUGCUUUAAGGUGGCUCAUGUGUUCAGAAGCCCUGGUGUAGCAAAUUGAGCCUUAACAUGUAAAUCUAGGAACUAAAACUUUCUGGGUAUCUACACCCCACCCUCCCCUUCCUCCCUUUCCUUCACCUUACUCUGUGAUCACCAUUGACCUUGAUGUGGGGAUUCUGAUGCACACAGCAUUAGAUAUUUCCUCACUUUCAGAGGAGUAAUGUGAUCAGUUUCUCUGCCAUCUUUGUACUUCUGAUGGAGUAAUAAAUGACUCUUCUGUA